GGCGUUGGCAAGACGUCUCUGCGAGCGCAGUUUGUACAGCGGUACUUUGCGAGCAGCUACCGGGCCACUAUUGGUGCGAAUUUCCUGUCGCAUGCCGUCAAAACCAGGGCUGGAGACCAGCUGCACUUGCAGAUCUGGGACACGGCGGGACAGGAAAGGUUCAACGCCAUGACGCGAGCAUUCUACCGCGGUGCAGAAAUUGCUAUUUUGGUCUACGACGUUACCAAUGCACAGUCUUUUUACAGUCUUCGGCAGUGGCUCGACAAGAUCGUGGAGCAUUGCAACAAUUCACGGCUGCGCAUUCUGAUCGUGGGCAACAAGACCGACCAGCACGCCCUGCAGCAGAUCUCGCGACGGCAGGCCGUAGAGUUUGCCCAGAGUCUGCCGACAGGACUCAUUGGUGACGCGAAAACGGACGUUUUAGAGACAUCGGCGCGCCGGUAUCAGGACGCAGAGCGUGUUUUCCAGCAGUGCGCGGAAAUCGGCCACGAGAUCCUGCUCAACUUCGAGCCGAUUGAUUUUGCGUUCGACCAGAUCGAUCUGGCACUGCCCAAAAAAAAAUACUCCUGCUGCUAGAUAAAAAAGCCGAAAAAACAUUUUGUUCCCAUGUCGCGUUUCUCGGACAGCUCUGUGCACCCCGUGCACGAGUCUGAGGACGAGCAUUUUGAGGAGGACUCUGUGCACGGCUCCGAAUACGAAACAGACGGCCACUUCAACAACGCGGCAAAGUCCGACGAGGAGGAAUUGUUCACCACAGGAAUACGCAAGCUCGAACAUCUUGGACUGAUCGACAUCGGUAAUCUUGCCGCGUGGGGGGUCUCCACGUACAAGCACGGCUACGGUAUCAAGGAGCUGCGCGAAGACUCACCGUUCAGCUACUGGCAGUCCGAUGGCCAGCAGCCACACUUCAUCACUAUACAUUUUACAAAACGAGUGACUGUGCAGAGACUCUCCUUCUACUUCAAUUACCAGCUGGACGAGUCGUACACGCCAUCUAAAAUUCUCGUGCUCGCAGGAUCGGGCGAACACGAUUUGAUGGAGGUGUCAUCCAAAGAGUUUUUCGAGCCUUCUGGCUGGCAACAUAUAUUCUUCAAAGGUGUUCGGAGUGACAACCUACUCAAGUGCUACCUCAUAAAAAUAUGCUUUCUCUCCAACCACCAGAACGGGAAGGACUCGCACGUGCGCUCAAUCAAGGUUUUCAGCCCUCUUUCGGAGAACGCCAUGCGUUCCGAUAUCGACAGCUCGCUUGGCGUUGGGUUCACCAGCAUAAAAAUGCUCAGCGAAAGCACCAUUCGCUGAUCUCGCUUAUAUAAUCCCCACACCUAAUUUAAUAUAUCUCUGACAUUGC